CUGCUAUGCCGGGUUAUGGGGGACUCGUGCCCGGGGGGGGGAGAGAACAUAAAAAUGGCAGGUCGCAGGGCUACUCUGAAAGCGAUUGACUGGAUGGCAUUUGUAGAGAGAGUGCCUCCCAAUCAGAGAGCUAUGUUUAAUGCCCUGAAAACACGCAGUGAUACACUUUCAGCCAAGUUGACCUCCUUGCCAGAGAAGCCCCCCACUAUUGACUGGGUUUAUUACAAGACUGCAGUUGCUAAGGCUGGCAUGGUGGAUGAGUUUGAAAAGAAGUACAAUGCACUAAAGGUUCCUGAGCCUGUGGACACACAAACAGACAAGAUAAAUGCCCAGGAAAAGGAAGCUGCUAAGAGUGCUGCUGAAUAUGUGCAGGCCUCUAAAUCCCGUAUUGUCCAGUAUGAGAAACAGCUUGAGAAGUUCAGAACCAUGAUUCCAUUUGAUCAGAUGACAUUUGAGGACUUGAAUGAGGUCUUCCCUGAAACCAAACUGGACAAGGAGAAGUAUCCAUACUGGCCACACAAACCUAUUGAAGACCUGUAAAUCUGUCCGAAAGCAGUUUCUGAUCUCCAUGUGUACUUCAGCACUUCUGAGCGGUACAGCUAAGAUGACUUAUACCUCCUUCAGUAAUUCCCUGUCAACUGGAACAUUAGUUCCAUGAGUAUAUUUUAUUCAGGUAACUUAUUUGCUGAUGGGAUGCCCUAGGUGUACACAUUGCUUUAUAAAGCACAUGCAAGAACAAGGCUCCUGCCCUGCAGAGCUUGCACUGUUAUUCAGACAUGCAGUAUACAGCUUAAUUCAAGCAGGAAAACCUUCUUAGGGAGGAGGUUGAGGCAAGCAAGUAUUAGAAAAAGCAAUCAGCCCACAUUUAACCGCUCCAUUGUACAAUAAUGAUGAUAAACAGUAGUGAUAAAAGCAAAUGACUGCAGAAAAGCACCUUCUCCAGAGCUAGCAGAGCUGACUCGUACUCCUGUAGCUCUGCCUGGGUCUCAAUUUGCUGCCCUUCCUCAUUGAUUCUUCCCGUAAGCAUGGGUAGUUCUGUAUUUCCCUUUCCAAGUGGGUUUGAAUCCCUCCUCUUCUCUUGUCCUAUGGCCAUCUCAGUCAACGAAUCUCCUACAAUGGGAAGAACAGCAGCCAAAUAUAAAUAUCCAUUAGGAGAAAUUGUGGACAACAGCAGAGGCCUGCAUGAUGCUAAACUUGACCUUAUUUGCUCAAUAGUUUUAAUAAAAACUUCAUACAUUUUUCUAUCAGAAAA